AAUCUGCGCCGCGUGGGCGUCCGUUGCUCGAGUCCACACACCCGGCAGUCUGCUACGAUGAGUGAGGACUUCGAGACCCUCUCUGCCGCGUGGGCCGACCCGCCCGGACCCUUGACGCCCCCAUCGCUCUCUCUCACGCCGUCCGAGCGCGACCUCACGUCUUCGCUCCUGAGUCAGGAGUCCUUUGGCGAGAUCAUGUCAAUUGCUGACGCCGCAAGACUUCAGCAACGCGUGUGCGAGCUUGAGGCGCGGGAAAUGGCGCGGCAGCGUCAAACUCUGCUCCUCCUCUUUCGCACCGAAGUUGCAGAGGCCAAGGCUGACGCAGCGGCGGGUCGGCCAAACGAGAACAGCGCCACGCGGCGAGCCAGAGCCGUGCAGGCGGCCGCGCGCCGCCGGCAAGCAGUAGUGACGCUUCGCCGCGCGACCGACGCGGCUCGCACGAUGCAGCGCCUCGCGCGUGGCGGCCGAGCGCGGCGGAGAUCGUCGCAGCGCCGCACCUCCGCCAUCAGGCUGCAGGCCGCCACGCGCGAGCGUGCGCAGGUGGUUCGGUUUGCGCGCAGCUGCGCUGCGUGCGCCUUCAUCCAGCGGGCGGCGCGCGGCAUGCGCGCGCGUGCAUUCCGGCGGCAUGUCCUCGCGACUGCCGCCGCACUCCGCGCUGCCCUCUCGCAUGCACCUCCCGAGGUGGCGGAGGCUGCGAUGCGAUGCGCGCGGUGGUCCUGCGGAGGGACAGAGGUGAGCGUGCUCGAGUCGGCGGUCGCCUUUCGCGAGGAGCGCUCUCGAGUCGCGCCGCCGCCUCGAGCCGACAGCGUCGCCGGCUCCGUCGCCAGCAGCGUCGCCGAAAUCACUGGCCUCGAUCCGGCCCAGGCGGCCUCCUACCUCGAGCUUGCGGGCGGCAACCUCGAGGCACCCAGAGCGACUCCUUCCCGCCGCCGCCUGCGGCAGCUGACAGCUGAGCGUGACCAGCUGCGCGACGCGGUGAAGACUCUGAGCGCCGAUGUGCUGUGCGCGGAGCGGGCGAGCUGCGAUGGCUACGCACCUCGCUCACGGGCGGCCUCCACCGCCGCCGCCUCUUCGGCGCCCACGCGAGACCCUUUCCUCGAGCUGCUGGGCUGGCAGUGGGACUGAGGCAAGCCCCGGGCCCGGCCGGGCCCGGCGCCCCACUUUGCAAAUCGACCCGUUUCCCAUCCAAUAUUUCCCACUCGGCCGCGGAGGCCCCAACUGAGAGCGGGGCCCGGGGGAGGGGGUCCCUACUGGUCGUGCCAACCCCUCGCACGACCCCGGGCGACAGCGGGGGACCCCGCAGCAGCAAACCCGCCCCACUUACAUCCGGCCGCUUCCUACCCCGCACAGCAAAAGCCCGACCCACAGAUGGCAAACCCCGGAAAGUGGGUCAAAAAUGACCACCCACACGUGUAGGCCUCAUGUGCACACCUAGCCCAUAUACGCACCUGCAUGUGUAGACGCGAGUAUUAACUAAGAUGAGCGCCCACACAUG